AUGUCCGAGCACUCCUUCUCGAUCCUUCUCUCCAUCCUCUCCCCGUUCCUGACCGCCGCAAUCCCUUCAAUUCCGCCGAACUACGCUCUCGCCGCCGCCGUUUACCGCCUCGCCCACGGCGCCGGCUACAAGGCCGUCGGCCGCCGCUUCGGGAUGGACUCUCCGGCGGCCUGCCGGGCGUUCUACGCCGUCUGCAAGUCGGUGAAUGAUAAAUUGGGGAACUUGUUCGAGUUCCGGUCCGAUAUGGCCCGGAUUGUCGCCGCAUUCGGGUGGAUUUCGCUGCCGAAUUGCUGCGGCGUGUUAGGGUUUGGCAGAUUUGGUAUCGAUAGUGCAAUGUUGGGGCCGAAUGCGGCGCUGCUGGUUCAGGCAUUGGUGGAUUCCGAGGGGAGGUUUCUGGAUGUGUCGGCUGGCUGGCCGAGCACAAUGAAACCGGAAGCGAUUUUCCGGCAGAGUAAGCUGUAUUUGGGUGUGGAGGAGACCAGGGAGUUGCUGAAUGGUCCUGCUCAUGAGCUCAGUGAUGGCAAUGCGCUUCCUCAGUACAUAUUGGGGGAGUCUUGCUUUCCUCUGUUGCGUUGGCUUUUGACACCUUAUGUGAGAUCAAAUGUGGAAGAUGAGAGUUUUGGUGUGUCGGAGAAGGCGUUUAACUCGGCGCAUAGUCGUGCAAUGGGGCUGGUUGGGACGGCAUUUGCGAGGGUAAGGGCUAGGUGGCAGCUGCUGAGUAGGGAGUGGAAGGAGGAGUGUAGGGAGUUUUUGCCGUUUGUGGUGGUUACUGGUUGUCUGCUGAAUAAUUUUCUGAUGAAGUGUAGUGAGCCGCAGCCGGAUGUCAAUGAGGAGUGCUUGGAGGAGCUUCCGGUGUUUGAAGGAGAAAUGGAUGCGAGUGGCGAGAGGAUUAGGGAUGCGCUUGCCACGCACUUGAGCCGGGUAAGUCUUAGAAGAUGA